AUGUUCCAAUUCUUCAAGUCUCCCUUCUUCCAAUUCGAGUUUCUGCGUCUCCUCGCCAUGACCCCCUUCGAGGGCGGCGAGAUCGCAGAAAUCCUCGACGCCGCCUCCAAAAUCAAAGACCAAGACCCAGAAAGUUGGUACACCAACUGGGUCGAAGUCGGCACCAAAGUUGAGCAAAUCGCCGAGGAAGCUGAACGCACCGGUGACCGCAUCGCCGCGCGACGGGCGUACCUCCGCGCCUCAAACUACCUGCGCGCAGCGCAGUUCAUGCUCAAUGAAGGCGCAAUUGGCCACGACAAGCGCGUCCUCCCGACCAUCGAGCGCGCUAUCGACGACUUCCGCCGCGGAACAAAGUACCUAGACGGCGACGUCCACUUUCUCGACAUCCCCUACGAGAACAAGAUCACUCUCCCGGGCUACCUCUACCUCCCGCCGGCGGACAAGCGUCUUACAAACGGCCAGAAGACUCCGAUCCUGAUCAAUACCGGCGGCGGGGACUCCACGCAGGAAGAAAUCUACUUCAUCAACGCCUCCGUCGGCCCGAGCCUCGGCUACGCGGUGCUCACCUUCGACGGCCCGGGCCAGGGGAUCGUCCUCCGGCGAGACAAGCUGCCCAUGCGCCCGGACUGGGAGGUCGUCGUGGGCCGCGUCCUCGAUCACCUCUGGGGGUUCAGCCGUGCUCACCCGGAGUACAACCUCGACCUCGAGCACAUCGGGAUCACGGGCGCCUCGAUGGGCGGAUACUAUGCGCUCCGCGGGGCGCUGGACCCGCGCAUUGGCGCCUGCAUCAGCGUCGACGGGUUUUAUUCCAUGGAGUCCUUCGCGCAGGGCCGCAUGCCCGCCUGGCUGUGGAAGCUCUACAGCGGCGGGUACCUAUCUGAUGGGGUGUUCGACAGCGUGAUCGGCGCCAUCUCGGGCUGGACGUUUCAGACGCGGUGGGAAUUCAACCACAUGCGCUGGGCUAUGGGGCGAGCUUCCGACGCGGAAGUCAUUCGCCGGAUGCUGGACUAUACGCUCGCUAAACCUGGGGGCGGCGAGCUGCUGCAUCAGGUCAAGUGUCCCGUGCUGGUGACGGGGGCGGGGUCGAGCUUUUACUUCGAUCCUGAGACGACGACGCGGAAGGUCCUGCGGAGUUUGAGCCACUUGCCGGAGCACAUGAAGGAGGAGUGGGUGGCGGAGGAUGUGGUGUUUGGGGGUUUGCAGGCGAAGAUUGGCGCGUUUGGGUAUUCCAUGCAGAGGACUUUUUCUUACUUGGAUGGGAAGUUUGGCGUGCAGAGGGAGAGUUUGGGGGGGAAGAAUGCGAAUGGGAGGGUGUAUUAG